AUGGACAAGGUAAGAGUAAUCUUGAUGAGCUUUCUCGUAUUGGCUAUGGCAGCAGCACUUUUGCCAACCAAAACUCACGCACUAGUACCCUACACCCGCUCCAUAUUCGACAUGAUGUUCCCACCGGAGGACCCUUUCAAGAUCCUCGAACAAACCCCUCUUGCCAUCCCUAAAGGAAUGGACACUCUCGACGCCCUCGCUUUAGCCCGGGCCGACUGGAAGGAAACGCCCACAGCCCACAUAAUCUUCCUCGACAUUCCCGGAAUGACGAAAGAGGAUGUCAGUAUAGCGGUGGAGGAGAACCGGAUUUUGCGGGUGAGUGGGGAGCGUAGGACGGAGGAGGAAGUGAAGGACGAGAAGUGGCACAGGGCGGAGAGAACUACUGGGAAGUUUUGGCGCCAGUUCAGGCUGCCGGCGAAUGCAAACAUGGAGAAUAUUAAGGCACAUUUGGAGAAUGGAGUACUGAGGAUUACUGUGCCGAAACUGGCGGAGGAGAAGAAGAAGGAGCCGAGGAUGAUCAGCAUUGCUGAAGAAGGGAAUUCCGGUCAGGACAUCAAGGCUAACAAAGCUGAGCUGUAG